AUUGUAUUAUGCACUCUUAUGGUAACAAUGUGUGAUUUCAGCGUUUCAAGUAGAUGCUAUCAUUGUCUAAUAACGAUGUAAUAACGUAGUUAGCUAACAUGCCUAGUUUACUAACGUUAGCUAGCUAGCUGGUUUGCUAAAGCUAACUAACGUUAGCUAGCUAGCCAUCAUCCACAUUAUUUUAAAAACGCUGACUGCAGUGCAUAGAACGAUGCACGACUUUGGCAAGUAGCUAGCUAGAUCUCUCACUCUGAGGCUGUAAACCAGGGUUCUUUAAUGACUAGUCUGAUACGCGUGCCAUUGUGUUUGUUCUCUAUUGUUUCUGCAUGGGAUUACCUUUAUAGCUAGCCUACUACCAAAGAUGUUUAUAACCAACCCAAGAUAGACCAGAGCCUGUCGUUUCCCAUGGGAGCAGAUUAAUCAUAGUAGUGGGCAGAACAAACAAGGAGGUGGGCAGAGCCAAGCGUGAGCUAGUGAGAUCCUAUUGGCGCGUUCAAUCAUUUAUUUGCAUAUAUCCGCUAGGGAACGCCUCACCUGUGAAAUGCGUGUGUGCACACACUUAAUUCGACCUUGCACUCCUAAACAACGCAAUAAAAAACAUAACUAAACUUUGGCAAAGUGCCAAGUCUAUAAAACGUAGUGCACUGUGUUGGUAACAUAUUUGUAGUUUUGGGAAAAAAUAUUGAGAAGAUGUUUCAUCCUUGAGAAAAUGUGCAGAAUGUCGGCCAGUUUCACCUAGUUCUAUCCUCUUCCAAUACCCGCGACUGGACUGCCUCCCACUACCAUAUUCGGUGGUUAGAAAACGUUCUGAACGAUGCUUCAUCUUUAUAGCCCCUGUGACGUGUCUCGGUUUCCCCUUUGUCUGCGCUUGCACUCCUAAACAACGCAAAACUGUGUGGCCACUGGGCUUCCUCCCGUCACCGUAUUUGGUAUUGAGUGGAAACGCCAACUGAAUGAUUCACAUUUAAUACAUCCGGUGAAAUAUCUGUCUCUUUGUUCUAUCUGUGUUACUACUGUUCUCUUGAGACAAACUCCACUCUGUUGAUCUACGUGCGUGCGUACACGUGUGAUUUUUGGAGUAGCAGCAGGGUUGCCAGGUCGAAAAAUAAUUAAUCAAAUCAAAUUUUAUUUGUCACAUACACAUGGUUAGCAGAUGUCAAUGCGAGUGUAGCGAAAUGCUUGUGCUUCUAGUUCCGACAAUGCAGUAAUAACCAACAAGUAAUCUAACCUAACAAUUCCACAACUACUACCUUAUACACACAAGUGUAAAGGGAUAAAGAAUAUGUAAAUCAAGAUAUAUGAAUGAGUGAUGGUACAGAACGGCAUAGGCAAGAUGGAAGGAUUCGCAUUAUGAAUGGGCAGCUUGCUGUCACUGUCCUUCCGGGAGAGAUUUGACAGGACAAUAUUCAGAAUGGUGGGGUCAUGAAAAACCCAGCUCCUUGGUUGUGGAGUAGAGGAGAAGUAGUGCAUCGUGGGUGAUUCCCGGACAAGACAGGGAGGCAAUGGAGGAAGAUGAGCGGGCUGUAGAAUACAAGGGUCUGUUUGAGGACCCUGCCUUCAUCUGUGAGGACUCCUCCCUGUUCUCAGACUACUCCACCCCUAUCGCCAGGUUCCAGGAUGACAUCACAUGGCUCCGGCCACAGGAGAUCUGCCCGUCUCCUGCACUCUUCCCUGACAACACCAAUGACGGCCAUGCAAAGCAAGGCCUCCUGGGAGACUGCUGGUUCCUCUGUGCCUGCACAAUCUUACUGAAGUACCAGCAUUUGAUGAACAAAGUGGUACCCCCUGCCCAGCCCCAGUGGGGGGAGAGGGGGUACCGGGGCUCCUUCCUCUUCCGUCUCUGGCAGCAUGGCUGCUGGACAGAGGUAACCGUUGACGACCGGCUGCCCUGCCUCAGCGGCAAGCUCUGCUUCUCGCGCUGCCAAUCCCCCACUGCUUUUUGGGUUGCUCUGCUGGAGAAGGCCUACGCCAAGCUGCAGGGGUCAUAUGAGCGCCUAUGGGCAGGGCAGGUCUCUGAGGCCCUGGUAGACCUGACAGGGGGGCUGGCGGAGCGCUGGAGCCUGGGGGAUUGUGGGACAGAGGAGGACCAGGGUCGGGGGUCAUCUGACAGUGACUUGGUCAGGAGGAGGAGGCUGGAUCUGGACCUGUUGCAUGCGGUCAGAGAGGGCUGUUCAGUCAGCUGCUCUGUACACAGCGCCCCCGGAGGUGCCAGUGAGUUGGGGCAGUUCCAUGCCCUGAGUGUGAUGGAGUGGGUGGACGUGAGGACGGUGGAACGUGGAGGAGUACGUCUAAUCAGGAUCAGAAACCCCUGGGGCAGACGCUGCUGGGAGGGAGCAUGGAGAGAGAGUGGAGAAGGCUGGAACUCUCUGGACCCGGCCUGUACUCUGAACUUGCUGAGCCGGGCCCAGGAGGCAGAGUUCUGGGUGGACGAGACUGAAUUCCUGUUGCAGUUUGAUGAUGUCACAGUGGGGUAUCCUAUCAAUGAGGAGGGACACCUGCAGAGCAUCUAUUCUGCCCCUAUCUGUCCAAUAGGAGAGCUGCUGACUCACAGCCACCAGACUGGCGAUCGCUGGGUCAAAGGUCACUCAGCAGGUGGUUGCCGUAACAACAGUAGCUUUGGCAGCAACCCUCAGUUCUGGCUGCGGGUGUUUGAGAGGGGAGAGGUGCUGGUGUCUCUGCUACAGCACAGAAGGUAUAGCAGGAACACAGGACGUCACUACACACAGUCACCAGAAGAGGGCAGAAGCACCACACGACACCAGCACUACCAGGCCAUCGCUUUGCACAUGUGGAAGGUAGAGAAGAAGUGUUUGAACCUGUCUGGGACUCUGAACAGCCCUCCCUGUGCCUCCACACACUGCCACGCCUACGAGCGCGAGGUGGUGCUACACACACACCUGGACCCUGGCUGCCACCUGCUCAUCCCCAGUACCUUCCUCCAGGGGGGCGAGGGGAGCUUCCUGCUCAGGGUCUUCUCCUCUUCCCCCACCUCACUCAGUGCUGUGAAGACCCCGGGGCCCUCUUUGCCAUUGGUAACAGAGGGGGAGUGGGAGACAAGCUACUUACGGGGCGCAUGGGUCACGGGGUCAUCGGCCGGGGGGAGCAGGAACUUCCUGUCUCACUGGCAGAACCCUAGGUUCCCGGUCACCAUGGGUGACAACUUAGCGGGGUCAACAGGGGUCAAUGUUAGGGUCACCCUUCACCAGAACUGCCCUGACACUGAUCUCCAGGCCAUCGGCUUUCACCUGUACAAGGCUCCAGAGGGACAGGAGCAGGCCGAGUCGCCAGUACCCAGGGAGGAGGAACCGGUGGCCAGCUGCAUUCCUCACUGCUACACCCAGGCUGUCAGUCUGGCCUGCUGCCUUCCUCCAGGGGCCUAUGUCAUAGUGCCCUCCACCUACCAGCCUGACUCCCCAGGCCAGUUCACCCUCACUGUGGCUCGCAAAAUACACAGGAGAGUUGUGAAGAGUCAGGAACGUCUGGGGAGAGCCAUUCAAGAGGUCUCUCACAUAUCUGUGAUGCGUAGUUAGCUCUGGGAGCUGUGCUGCCGCUCUGCUGACGUGGGCUCACAUCACUUCGGCCCUUGGCCACAGAUGAAAGGAGCGGGUCUACCCCCUCCUCCCCAUGCCGAACACUGUGUGUGUUUGUGUGCGCACGCACGGCCUGGGCUCAGGGCCUUUAUCCCCAGCCUGGCGAGGCUCAGGGAGCCGACCGGCAUCUCUUCUUUCCGUCUCUCUCUCUCUCUCUCUCUCUCUCCCUUUCUCUCUCUCCCGGCUGCGAUUAGCACAUCACAGGUUGUCGUUGGGCCAGGCGCUAAUGGGAGCUGACGGGGCUGGCCGGUGUAAACAAACAGCCGCCAUUGAAGAGGCCCGCUCACUAUGCUCACUCGCUGGCCCGUCGGCCUGGGACAAAGGGCCCACUCAUGGAGCUCCUUGCUGGGGCAGAGAGGGCAGAAGCAAGGGGUCGGACCUCACCACACUGCAGUGCA